GAGUCCGUCAGUCUGUCGGAGCCCGUCCUCGCAGCAGCAGCAGCGAAAGGACUUCGCAGAGCCCCCCUGUCCUAUCAUUUUCUUUCCCCUCCCUCUCUCCCGCCCCACAUCUCUCUUCACCCCUCUCUCGCCCUUGCGCAGCCAUGGCGGACCUGUCGGCGGCCACUCAGUCCCCGUCAGUCUCCUCGACGUCCUCCGGGGCCGAGCCCUCCGCGCCCGGCGGGGCCGGGAGCCCGGGAGCCUGCCCCGCCCUGGGGACGAAGAGCUGCGGCUCCUCCUGUGCGGCCAGUUUCCCAGAUCGUCCUGCUUUUCUCUCAGAGAAAGUUGUUCAGAUGGAAGAGCAAAUAAAUAAAAAUCAAGAGUUCAAGAACCUAAAUGAGAUACCAAGUAGGGACGACAAAACUGCCUUGGAUGCUGAUGACAAGUUCAUUUUGCUAACUGCCCAGAAACCUCCCACUGAGCCGUCUAAGGCAGAAGGCAUUUGUACGAACUCCUUGUCCCCGUGCAGAGUUUCAGGAGGUGGUGUUAUUGAGAAGGACUCCCCCGAAUCACCAUUUGAAGUAAUUCUUGACAAAGCAGCAUUUGACAAAGAAUUUAAAGACGCAUAUAAGGAGAGCGCAAAUGGUUUUGGUAGUUGGGCAAUGCACACCGAUAGAGAAUCAUCUGCAGACAUUUCAGAGUCUAAUGACAAAGUAUUUCCACUAAGAAAUAAAGAGGCAGGGUGUUACCCAACCUCUGCAUUGCUCACUAGACAGUUUUCACACACAACUGCAGCAUUGGAAGAGGUGUCUAGAUGUGUGAGUGAUAUGCAUAACUUCACUAAUGAGAUACUGACUUGGGAUUUGGUUCCCCAAGUGAAACAGCAGAGUGAUAAACCUGACUACGUCACCAAAACUACAGGACUUGACAUGAGUGAAUAUAAUUCAAAAAUUCCAGUUAUAAAUCUGAAAACUAACACGCAUCAGAAAACUUCUGUGUGUUCUGUUAAUGGGAGCACUCCCAUCAGUAAAUCAACAGGGGACGGGGCAGAGUCAUCUCUCUCACAAGAAAAUGCUGUCAUUAGAAAACCUGUACCGGGCUGUCUCAAUUCCAUGGCAGACGUCAGUAGUAAAGGUGUGCGAGGCAAUGUGCAGAAACAAGACGACACACUUUCAGCGUUACCUGUGUCUCCGUUUGAGAAAUGUGUCUCUUUGGGUUCUGGAGGGGCCACAGUGAAAGUGCUUUUACCCGAUGGCCCCCUGAAAGGCGAAAUGAACUGGCAGAGCUCUGUGUUGGGAGAAGGGACAGAGGCUGAUAGUUCUGGUGAGUCUGAUGACACAGUAAUAGAAGACAUCACAGCCGAUGUUUCAUUUGAAAGUAGCAAAAUUCAGACUGAAAAACCUGCCUCCACUUCAAGUGCUAUUGUAAAAGCAGAUGAAAGAGAAGUCAAAGAAAUUCUCAAUUAUAAUAGGGAAACCAAAACAUCUGAAACCUUUGAAGGGUCUGUCAGUGACUCUGAGCCAAAAGUUCAGCCUGAUUUUCUUAAAAGAAGUCCAGCCAGUAUGGUGGCAUGUUCCCAAGUACAUGAUAUGAUUGUCAUGUCAGGAGAUGUGAAGCAGUCAGUCAGAAUGAGUGAAACUACUCCUGCUGAAAAGGUUGUUAUAACUGAGGACCCAAAACUUCCUUCAGCAGCAUCUUCAAAUCAUUUUAAUGAGACUGAAUUCUCACUAAAUGUGACAGCCUCUACCUAUUUGGAGUCAUUACAUGAAAAAAAUAUUACAGAUACAGAUGAUUCUUCCCCAGAGGACCUGAUAGCAGCCUUUACAGAAACCAGGGAGAAAGGAAUAGUAGAUAAAGAUAAAGAUAAAGAAGAUAAAGAUAAAGGAAAUGUAUUUGAAGCAACAUCAGAGAAGACUAUGGAUUUCAGAACAACUCUUCCUGUAGAAGUCUUGCAUGAAAGUGAGUCAGGUGGUUCUGAAAUUAAAGACCCAAAAAGCAAAUACUCUCAACAAAACAAACAAACAAGUGGAAGUGAGCUUUUGGAUGUUUUCCCCACCCACGGUACUUCAGUAGCAUCUCUCGACUGGGAACAGGAACAGCUCACAAUCAGAGCCCUUAAAGAACUGAGUGAAAGGCAGGGUGAGAAGUUACCAGAUAAAAUAGAGUCUCCUUCUGAAGAAAUACUCAAGCAGACUUUCACAUUUGCUCCAGAAUAUUCUCAGCCACAGAGAUCGCACGAUGUCCUAGAACAUGCCGAUGUCAAAACUGGAUCUGACCUUGGGAUUUCUGAAAAGCCCACUGUUAUCAAAGAAACUACUAGCAUAGAUUUUAUUUCCAGCCUUAACAAGACUGAACUGGUAAACAAGCAUGCCCUAGCAAGACUUCUGACAGACUUCUCAGUGCACGAUCUGAUCUUCUGGCGAGAUGUGAAGAAGACUGGGUUUGUCUUCGGCACCACGCUGAUCGUGCUGCUUUCCCUGGCAGCUUUCAGUGUCAUCAGUGUGGUUUCUUACCUCAUCCUGGCUCUUCUCUCUGUCACCAUCAGCUUCAGGGUCUACAGGUCUGUCAUCCAAGCUGUGCAGAAGUCAGAAGAAGGACAUCCAUUCAAAUCCUACCUGGAUGUAGACAUCACUCUGUCCUCAGAAGCUUUCCAUAACUAUGUGAAUGCUGCCAUGGUGCACGUCAACCGGGCCCUGAAGCUCGUUAUCCGUCUCUUUCUGGUGGAAGAUCUAGUUGACUCCUUGAAGCUGGCUGUCUUCAUGUGGCUGAUGACCUAUGUUGGUGCCGUUUUCAAUGGAAUCACCCUUCUGAUUCUUGCUGAACUGCUCAUUUUCAGUGUUCCAAUUGUCUAUGAGAAGUACAAGACCCAGAUUGAUCACUAUGUUGGCAUCGUGCGUGAUCAGACCAAGUCGAUUGUUGAGAAGAUCCAAGCAAAACUACCUGGAAUCGCAAAGAAAAAGGCAGAAUAAGUACAUGGAAACCAGAAAUGCUACAGUUACUAAAACAUUUAAUAGUUACACUGUCGUUACUUGUACUAUGAAGGAACGUGCUCUGUGUCAGCUUGAGCCUGCAUUCCAAGCUUUUUUGUUUCCAAUGUGGUGUUUCCCCCUCCUUUCCCUUUCCCUGCAGAAUCAAGCACAAGAAUUAUUGGACUAAAAAAUGGACUGAUAUCUUAAAACAUAAGAGAAUAAAGACAGAAUCAAUUGAAUAGGCAAAAUCAA